AUGAAAAGACUGGAAAAACAAACAGCCUCUAUGAUGUUCCGUCUGAAUGAAGGUAUAGAUCAUGGUAUGGCCAAAAUCUCUGCUUUAUUACUUGAUGCUGCAGCUUUUAUUUCUAAACAUAGUGAAAGUAAUAAAUGUAGAUUAUUAUUAUCAGUAAAUGAUAAAUAUAAAACACUAGUAGCUAUCAGUAGACAGUUUGGUUUUAUUUCAUCUCAUAUACAUGAGACUGGUCAUCAGGAUGGAAAACAGUGUGACUUGAUGUUAAAGACUAAAGAUGAUGUAGAAAUAUUGUCCAGUUAUACAAUACAUGAAACAGAAAUCAGACUGAAUAACAUUAAGUUUAAAUCUCCAACAUCAUGA